CUACUUCUGACAUAACCCGCCGGCGCUUUUGGCGCGGAGCCGAGACUCCGCGCUGGUGCCAUUUCUGGUUACGAUUAUGAUCACGUAGAUACAACCUCCUGGCCGUCCUGGCCGAAUGACGAAGCAUGGUCUGGCUUUUCUGGUUUGGAGCCUGAUACACUAUCGUCUCUCUCAGAUUGGUCGGCAAAGGAGGAUACUGUGUGGCUGUUGAGUCCGGGCGAGCUUCUUCAAGUUCGGGCCACUGGACCUUCGUCACCAGGCUCACCCUGGCCGACUAUGGAGAUUGCACCUGCUUCUACUUCUCACAAACAGGUGCAUGCACUUGAUUCGCGUGAAGAAUCAGAUGAAAGCGCUCCCAACAAUGGUUUCGGAAACUUUCAAUGCCGGCCGAAAACGGACAUCAUCUUGACGACCAGCCCGUCGUCAACAUCUACCUCCUCCCAUCACAAUGCUUGUAUGCAGGAUACUGGUCGCUCACCUUCCUUGGCUUGUCCUCCGCUGGAUCAGGGGAAUCCCCCACACGUUGCUGCCGGAUCCAUUCUAUCGCCGUUUCAAGAGCUUUCACACCUCCACUUCAGCAGCAGCUCCAUUACAUCAACCGGGGUUGUACCUAUCCCUCGUGCUGAGAAACGGUACGCUUGCAGCUCAACUGGGUGCUCCGCGUCCUUUGUCGAACGUCGAAAACUCGACGGUCACGCGAAGAGCACACACUCAAGGGUCUACUGCAAAGAGUGUCCCAAAACAUACGCUCAUCGCAAGAACCUUCUCGAACACGUACAAGCACGGCAUCGCGGUAUAUGGCACACAUGCAACUUCGAAAGCUGCACCUACGCGACGGAGAAAAAAGCCAACCUCGUAAGACAUCGAAAUUCCCUACACAAAGGACUUUGAGCAUUACACCAGCAUCCACGCGACCAAGUUGUCCAUCUUCGCCAAAUGAAAGUUUUCCAACCGUUCUGCCAACCACUCUUCGAAGUUUAACCAGUACUGACCUAGAGGACUACGACUGAUCUUUGAUUUGCUUUCUU